CUGAAAAGUACAAGUGAAUCUGAGCGCUGAAGGGUGAGAAAAUAAAUAAUGAAAUGUCUGGUAAUUUUAUUUUUCAAUACUUUUAUCCACUGCCUUAAUCUCAGAAAUAUCAACACACACAACUCCAACAGUAUUAAUUCCCUUGGUAAAAUUUCAAACAGUAGUGUUAAUUCCCUUAAGAAACUGGUACGGAAUACGGGGAAAUGGGUAAGACUGGGUAAAACCGUGUUGAAAGAAAGUUUAAUAUCAUUGUGUGAUUUGGAAUAUGAAAAUCCGUUACUCUGGACACAAAGUAAUAUUAUCGGAGUCUCAGUCAUUGCCAUUCUCAACACUUUCAUCCUCGUCAUCGUCGUCAAACAAACAUCCUCACUCUUCUCCAAAGGAUUUGGUAGGAAGUAUAUGAACGGAGGCGGCUGGUGGUUGAUGUUGAGUGCAUUGGUAGGAAUGUUAUUUGGCAUUUUCAUGGGUGUGAUUAUGAAUUAUUCAAUGAUAAUUCUGGGAUUUAGUUUCAUGCUACUCUCAGUUUCAGCGUUACUUUUGGGCAGGAGGGGCAUGCUAGUGGGCGCCAUCAGCGGCCUUGAAGUUGGAGCAGUUUUUGGCACAAUUAACUCAGGGUCAGUGAGCGCAAUUAUCACAGAGGCGCUGUUAUGUUGUUUUGCAGGAGUUGCCAUAGGAUUCGUGCCAAUGUUCCCAAACAUCAAAAUCAACGCCAGAUACAUACAACGGUCACUCAAGUGGAAUGCUAAAUAUUUAGGAAAUUCCUUAGCAUCCGACGUAUCUGUGAAGAAAGUUUGGCAAUGUCACAUCUUGAGGAGUUACGCUGUACCAUUCCUCAGGAUGGCAAGAAAUUGCGGAUAUCCAAACUGA